UAAGGAUGUGAGACUACCAGUACAGUUACAGAGAGCAAUGGCUGCUGAGGCAGAAGCUGCACGUGAAGCUAGAGCCAAGGUGAUAGCAGCAGAGGGUGAACAGAAAGCAUCGAGAGCAUUAAAGGAAGCUGCUGAUGUCAUCACAGAAUCUCCGGCGGCCAUUCAGCUACGUUAUCUGCAGACCCUGAACACGAUAUCCGCAGAGAAAAACUCCACCAUCAUUUUCCCACUCCCUAUUGACGUGUUACAGGGAUUUAUGAAUCCACCGAGGCAGAACACAACGUUUUAGUGGAAGGUUAAACCCUUGUUAAAUUGGUAUAUAAUGAAUGUAUAUAAACUGUGACAGCUGGUUCAAUGAUAUAUGUGCUCUCUCAGUGUGGCAUAUUAUCUGUUAAUAUAUAAUAUCAUAUAGAUCUACACAUAACAUAUUGAACAUACAAACAUUGCCAUGUAAUAUGUCUGUGAACUCUGUUAUGAUUUAUACAACAUUAUAUGUAAGUGUCUUUAAUAUUUACAUUGAAAUUUCUCAAUGCUUUUGUGAUCGCUUUUCGUCCUAAAAAUCUUAAAAAAAUCUUCUUAUAUAAACCCAAAAUGCUAGAGCUUAGAUAUUUAUCAUGAAACAUCUUCUAAUGGGUGUCUACCAAGUUUGUUCAAAUAAAAGCCCAUGGUUUAGAAUUGACCUUGGUCCAGGGGUUUAUAUACAGGUAAGCGAUUCCAGGGCCAUCAUGGCCCUAUUGUUACAAUUUUUUACCACAAAAUAGGAGAAUAAUUUAUUUACAGAUUUUUUUCUAUAGAAAAACUAGAAGUAAACUUUUUUAUACCAUAUUUUAAUUCUUAAAUUAAAAUCAACCCCAUACCAAAAUGAGGACUUGCUGCCAAACACUACCAGAUUUUAUGUUCAAAUAUACACUAAGCUUAUAAAAACAAAUAUUCUUUCUAUAUAAUGGUGCUGAAAACUAUAAAUAUGAUAAAAUCGUUCUGUCUAUUAUUAUACUAAAUUUUUCUUAUGUUAUUCUAUGGAAAACUAUAUGUAGAUCUCUGUUAUAUCUUUGUAAAUAUUGGAAAAAAGCAUUGUUUCAUGUGUGUUCAAUUUGAAAACUUUAUUUACUGAGAUAUAAAAAUUGUUCAAUCUUCUUUGUUUUUGAUGUAUGUGUAAUAAAACAAUUUUAGGUUAAAGUUCAAUAUUUUGAGAUUGGCUCUAAAUUGUUUGGUCACUGUAGGGAAAUACAAUGUACAAGAGAACAACAACAUUGCAUUUUUGCAACUAAAUUUCCCCAUUGUCUGUAAACUACUGAAUUUCUCCAUUGUAAGUAAGUUUCUCAAGUUCCCAUUGUAAGCUUCUGAAUUUUUCUUAUUACCGGUAAGCUAAUACAUUUCAUAUUAUCAGAAUUAUAUUUGUUUUAGCAAGGUUAGUUCUCUAUAUUUAUCACCAACACCAUAAUAAAUCAGUCCUGUAAAUUAAGUAUCUUCUUGGUUCAGAAAUUAUGUGUUAUAAAUCUAUAUAGAUUAAUUUAUAAAAUGAAAUAGAGUGAGAAGUAAGUGGUUGUGCAAUAUAAUAAUAUUAUAAUUGUUUGAAAAGUUGUGAUUACGUCUUUAUAUAUUGAGUUGAUUUUUUUUGUUGCUAGACAGAUGUUAACUUUAAAGAUGACCAGAAAAAUACUGAAAUGGGAUAUGUUUUAGAAACUGUUACAUACUUUAUUAAGAGCUGUUAUUUUAUGUUAUAUAUGUUUUUUUCUAUGUUAUAUAUAGUUUUGUUGAUUACAAUAUAUGGUUUGAUGUAACUGCAGCUGUUUAACACAGAUAUAAAUUUUUCUAACAUUCAGAUUGAUUUUAAAUUUGUGCAAAUUUGAAUAUCUUGAUCUAAAAGUAGUAGAUUUUGACAGUAAUUUAAUAGUAAUUGCUAUUAUGCUCCAUAUUUUUUCAAUGCAAUAUUUGAUUUGGUCUAUAUAAAUAUCUACAUGUAUGAUGUGGUAAAAAUGGUUGAUUUCUCUGUAGGGCAACAUUGAUUGUUGAUUUUUAUAAGAUAUUUGUUUUUGUUGAGCAAGUCGGGCAGUAGUUAAGUUUUGCAAUGUUAAAGGUGGAUAAUUCUUAGAUGGAAGUUAGAUUUUACAGAGAAUUUUCAGGUAAAUGUUGAUGCUUGUCAAGUUUAAUAUUCUAGUUCAAGGUUUAUUUUUGUUAGCUAAAAGUUGAUUGUUGAUAGGAAAAUUUAUUUUGUCAGGCAAAUGAUUAUUUCUGUGAAGCAAUUGUUGGGUUCUGCAAGGUUGGGUUUUUUUGUUAAGAAAAAUAUUAUUUUGUUGUAAAGACAAGUUAUAAUAGAUUGUUACUGGAGUGCAUUCUAAGACUAGGUAAACAUCUAUCUAGUUUUACUCUAUGUGUGCAAUAUAUAGAUGGUUAUUAUAUUGAUUUGUAUCAUCAUUGUUAUUGUAUUUAUAUAUUUAUCUUUGUUUUUGUUUUCUCUUUUGUGAUACUGUUUUGCCUAGAAAUGAUGAAUGGUUUUGUCGAGAUGGGAAGACUAGUUUGUUUAUCAUAUUUACUUUUUAUUUAGCAUGGUAAGGUUAGAGAGGCUAAUGAAAGUGUUAUUAAAGAUCCUGUAUGUUUUGUGAUUGAUAUUGUUACUGUCUAGUUACCACACUUGCAAAAAAUUAUAUAUGUAUAUAAUAAUGCAAAUAAAACAAUUUUCAAACAUCGAGGAAUAUGUAAAAUGUGUACUGCAAAUAUUUGUGCACAUUAUAUUUAAUCAAUAAAUUAUAUGCAUUCAUUUCUUAUUGGAAAAUUUGACUUAGAAUUUAUACAAAAUAAAUUUCUAAUUACCUCCCUUUAUUUACAUGAAAUGUUUAAUUCGGUAAUAUCUUUAUAAAUAAUGCUUAUUGGAACUUACAAUAUUGACAAAUCUUAAUUUCAGCAUCAUAUUUAUGAAAUAAAUCCAUGAAAAAAAAUGUGUUACAGGAUCUUUAAGAUAUAUGUUAUAUGUUUUAUACUUCUCUUGUAUAUUUAAGGAUAGAACUAUCAUAAGUCAAUAUUUCAACAACAUGUGCAACACUCAUCAUAUAAAAUCAUAGUCUAUCACAACUUUCAACUGCUGUUACAAAUCAUUCAUUAAAAAAUUACAAUUUCCUUACUUUUUGUAUGUCAGGAAAUUUUAAUACAUAAUUUUUACAGUAAAAACAGUGUAUAAAGAAUCAAAUAAAACUUUUUAGAAAUAUAUUUUAUAAUAACUUUUUUUAUUUAAAAAGAAAGCAAGUAAUUUCAAUUUUUGAAUUUCUUUUUUGUCAUGCUUAUGCUCUUUCUUAAUUGGUUUUCCAUAUUUUUAUAAAAUGAUUAUAUUCUAACUUAUCUAAGUCUUCCUUAAUCUGCCCUUCACUAAUUACCUCAAGUUUGGAGACAUGCAAGCUGUAUAAAUUUUGAAACUAUUGCCAAAAUGUCAAUAAAUUUGAAGUUUAUCAAAGAAAUAAUGCAUCUUUAAAAAAUGGUAUUUGCUCCCCUGUAAUUUAUACGUUAUUUAAUUGGGUCACUUUAAAGGGACUCCACUUAUUUGUGGCAUGACAGGUCCUAUAUUUGUGUUACAUUUAAGGUAGGUCUGGACCACUAACUUGUGUGCAAAUUUUCACAUCAUUUCCUCUCCUCAUUUUUACAGAGUAAACAAUUAUAUAGUGGAAAAUGACCUAACAAUGAAAAGAGUUGCGAUGCAAUUUGAGCUAAGAAUCACACAAAAAUAGAUUUUCAAUACGAUUAUAAACAUAAUAUGAGCCGUGUCAUGACAAAACCAACAUAGUGGGUUUGCGACCAGCAUGGAUCCAGACAAGCCUGCGCAUCCGGACAGUCUGAUCAGGAUCCAUGCUGUUCGCUUACAAACCCUAUUACAAGUAGAGAAACUGAUAGCAUACAGCAUGGAUCCUGAUCAGAGGAGGUAAUCAAAUGUCUGGUAUCUCUCAUCAAGGGAAUUAACUAGAUACUGGUAUCUCUCAUCAGGGGAGGUAACUAGAUUUUUAUUUAUGAUUUCUGGUAUCUCUUAUCAGGGGAGAUAACUACCAGGUAGAUUCAUUUUAAAUAAGUUAAGGGGAGGUAACUAAAGCUAUGUUUAAAACAACUAAGGGUAGGUAACUUUAGACUUUCUCAUAAGGGGAGAUAACUAGAGCUUCAUUUAAGAUGACUAGCAUCGUCCAUCAUGGAGGGUAACUAAAUUGAGUUUUAUAUGAUAUAUAUGCUUUUCUUGCUGCUGUGUUCAUUUCAUCUCCUAUCUAUGUACAUGUUACAAAAUUCUAUUUCAUACAAAACUGUUAUAUUGUAGAUAUUAUUAUUUAUCGGGCAGUGUAAUUUAAUUGUAAUAUUUAUACAUGUUCAUUUUGUUAUAUAUUUCAUUUUCUUUGAUAUGGUCUUUAUAUGGAGUGGAAAAAAUAAAUGUUCAAACUAUU